AUGUCCACAAAAAGUAUUGAAGUAGUUAUUCGUGAGCUAACUAAGACUGUGCUUUCACUGGAAAAUAAAGUAUCUUCAUUGGAAAAUGUGAUUACAGAACAAAAUAACUUAAUUAAAAAUUUAAUCAGUGAUCGAAAAAUUACAUCUAAAACCAGUGUAAAUGAUAGUGAGGGUAAUCCUACAUCGCAAGUGUAUCUGCGGCCAAUCCGUGAAGCUCGUAUACGUGCGUCAUCGGCGAUCGCCACUGCAACUAAAAAGGUGACAGCUAGAAGCAACGCAACAACGACGUCAUCGGGCGUGCCCCCUACUCCGUGUCCGUCGUCGGGUCCGGACCGUAAUCGUGAAGCUGUUAUUACACAGACGGAAAACAUUGAAGCAACCGGCGGUAAUACGGGAGAAUGGAUCGAGGUAAAGCGACCGCGUACUCGACGGUCGCUUGUAAAUGUAACUCGUGGUACAGGCAAUCUGACUGAUACUACGCUAUCCGCUGCAGAGCGAAAAUCAUAUUUACAUUUAUAUUAUGUGAAGAUCGGUACUACAGCAGAACAAGUUAUUGAGUACCUCAGAACAAUUUGUCCGGGAGAUAAUUGUUUCGCAGAGGCAUUAAAUUCGAGAGGUGAUUAUGCUUCAUUUAAGUUAUCUGUGCCUACAAAACAUCUAGACCAGUAUUUAGCACCUGAGAACUGGGUGGAAGAUGUCUACAUAAAACCUUGGCGCAAUGGAUUUCGUCAGAAAAGAGAACAAACAGUUUAAGCAUAAAUAUAUCUCAAUAUUUUAUCAAAAUGUUAGAGGACUUCGUUCAAAAUUAAAUAUUUGUAAGCUAUCAAUUCUCAGUGAAUCAGCUGAUAUAUAUGCACUAACGGAAACAUUUUUAAAUAGUAGUAUUUAUGACGCCGAGUUGUUCCCGAAUGGGUACAUCGUUAUACGCCGUGAUCGCAUAAAUGAUGCUGGCUGGGGAGGAGUUUUAUUAGCAGUACGUUCGCAAUACAAAGUUGAACAAAUAACCAAUAUUGGUGGGUACACAGAGGAUAUUGAAGUAGUAAUAGCAUUAGUGAAAUUUAAAUCAAAAUCAAUUGUUUUUUGUG